AUGCCGUCGAUAUCGGGGUUAUCCAUGGCUGAGCUCAACGCCGCCGCUCUCGACCAGUUUGUCUAUCAGCCAGUCAGCAAGACGAUGAUCGCAUACUUGGCUCAAGCUGCCUCCAAUGUCAUCCAGUGCGAUCCCGCCAUGAUGCCUCCGCCCGCACAAAGCCGGCCACAUCUUCCUUCACGACCACGGACACCUGCACCCAAGGCUGUUAGAUGUGAUGACACUGCUGUGCUGCCUACGCUUGAGGAGUUCAUCACACAGCUCGUCGUCUCAUCCAAUGUCCAGGUUCCUACUCUGAUGUCCACUUUGGUCUACCUCAACCGAUUAAAGUCGCAUCUCCAGCCCAUGGCCAAGGGCCUGCGCUGCACCACUCACCGCAUCUUCCUGGCUGCACUCAUCCUCGCCGCCAAGUAUCUCAAUGACAGCUCACCAAAGAACAAGCACUGGGCCACUUACAGCAACGUAACCACCGAGUCUUACAGCUUUGGCUUCAGCCGCACUGAAGUUAACUUGAUGGAGAAGCAACUCCUCUUCUUGUUGGAGUGGGAACUCAGGAUCACGGAAGAGGACCUGUACCGCGAGUUGGAUGUGUUCUUGGCUCCCAUCCGGGCAGAUAUUGAUGCCCAGCAGGCUCGCCGCAUGCAACGCAAGAGGCAAGAGGCGUUGCGGAAGCAAGAGGAAGCCCAAGCAUGGGCAACCGCAAGCCAGCUACCAUCCCCCCCAUCCUCAAGGGGCAGCUCAAGGUCUCGACGGGCCAUUCCGCCAAACGAGACUAUCCGUCUGGUGCACGACGCAUCCACCCCUCCUGGUCUCGCGUACAGCUCGUCAGCAAGCUCGAGCAGCUCAUACGCCUCUUCCUUGUCGUCAAGACAGCACUCGCGGUCUUCAACACCAGUUUCAGAUCCUGAG